AGGGAAACAAAGCACUGACGUCGACAUUGCUGACUGCGGCUCUGAGAGAGCUCCAUCCUCAAAACACGACCGAAACUCUCCAACGCCAAUGUGAGGCUGUCGCCAACAUGUUGCCCACAACAGCACAAAGGGCGCUCGCGCCUGCCGUACGGGCGGGCCUCGAAGCCUCGACUCGCGCCUCUCGAGCUUUGCCAACGACCAUUAAGACACUGUCCAAGACCUCACCACCAAGAAGCAUCAACACCACCGAUUCCCAAUCCGCCCGCGCCUUCCACACCACUCCACACAACGCGCUCCCAAGCGGCCUCGGGCCCGGGAUGAUGCCGCCGACAUACUUCCAAAAGUCAGCGUCACUCCCCAUGAAUACCAUCAUCCGCUUCGUGCCGCAGCAGACCGCCUGGAUCGUCGAGCGCAUGGGCAAGUUCAACCGCAUCCUGCAGCCGGGGCUGGCCAUCCUGAUCCCCUUCCUCGACCGCAUCGCCUACGUCAAGUCGCUCAAGGAAGUCGCCAUCGAGAUCCCCUCGCAGAGCGCCAUCACCGCUGACAACGUCACCCUCGAGCUCGACGGCGUGCUCUACACGCGAGUCUUUGACGCCUACAAGGCGAGUUACGGCGUCGAAGACGCCGAAUAUGCCAUCUCCCAACUCGCGCAGACCACCAUGCGCUCCGAAAUCGGCCAGCUCACGCUCGACCACGUCCUCAAGGAGCGCGCGGCGCUCAACACAAACAUCACGGCCGCCAUCAACGAGGCCGCGCAGGCAUGGGGCGUGACGUGCCUGCGGUACGAGAUCCGCGACAUCCACGCGCCAAAGCCCGUGGUCGAAGCCAUGCACCGGCAGGUGACGGCGGAGCGGUCGAAGCGCGCCGAGAUUCUCGAGUCCGAGGGCCAGCGGCAGAGCGCCAUCAACAUCGCCGAGGGCAAGAAGCAGUCGGCCAUCCUGGCCAGCGAAGCCGUGCGGGCUGAGAAGAUCAACAAGGCCGCCGGCGAGGCCGAGGCGAUUCUCUUGCGGGCGCGGGCCACGGCGGCGGGCAUCGAGGCUGUUGCGCGGUCGAUUGCCGAGGGCAAGGACGCGGCCCAGGGCGCCGUGAGCCUGUCCGUGGCGGAGAAGUAUGUCGACGCGUUCGGCAAGCUGGCCAAGGAGGGCACGGCCGUGGUAGUGCCGGGCAAUGUGGGGGAUAUCGGCGGCAUGAUUGCCACGGCGCUGAGUGUGUACGGCAAGGUUGGGGACGCGCAGGCGAAAACAAUGGCGAAGAGUAUCUUGGAAAAGAACAAAGCAAUCGAGGUUGGGACCGCGAGUGUGGAGCGGAAGCAUGAGAAGGACGAGAAGACGGAGUUAGCCGCUUAGACGGUAAGACACAUGCCCCAACACUGGGCAGUUGGGAGACAGCCCAUGCGCCAGCUGGCAGUGUAUGUUUGAAGGACAAGAGGAACGCGGAUAUCGGCUGUAUCAUUAUUUAUUCCACCGACGUGGACCUUAAGAGAAAAGCGAGGCAUGGCGUAGACAUGGACUCAUUGGACCGCUCACGGUAAUUCAGCCAACUUGCAACAAUGGAUUCGACAAAUCCUGCUACUAAGGCCC